CACUCUCUCUCGUACACACAGUUGUCUCUUUCUCUUUCUCUCCUUCUCUUCCUUUAUUAUAUUUCUUUACUUCUUUUCUUUCUUUCGCUCACUAGUUGCUGCAUCGCUUUCUGUUCUUUCUGAGAAUUCUCUCUGAAUUCUCAGACAAUGAGAACGGUUUUCCACGGGAAUUAAAAUUCCUUCAGCAACUUUAUUUAAUUUUACUUCUUUUUCUCUCUCACUCAUUUUUCCAAAUUCUCUCUGAAAUUUCUUUUUCUCUCUCUCUCUCUCUCGCUUAGCUUCCUAUGGAAGCUGGAGGAGAAGAUUGUUGCGUGAAAGUCGCGGUUCACAUCAGACCGCUCAUCGGCGAUGAGAAACUCCAAGGCUGUAAAGACUGUGUCACUGUUGUGUCUAACAAACCACAGGUACAGAUUGGUACACAUUCCUUUACCUUUGAUCAUGUCUAUGGAAGCACGGGUUCUCCCUCAUCUGCCAUGUUUGAGGAAUGUAUUGCUCCACUAGUUGAUGGUCUAUUCCAAGGAUAUAAUGCUACGGUUCUUGCUUAUGGUCAGACGGGUUCUGGUAAAACAUAUACCAUGGGCACAGGCUUCAGAGAUGGUUGCCAAACAGGAAUAAUCCCUCAAGUUAUGAAUGUUCUGUUCAGCAAGAUUGAAACUCUAAAGCAUCAAACUGAAUUUCAAUUGCAUGUUUCCUUUAUUGAGAUUCUAAAAGAAGAAGUACGAGACUUGCUGGAUUCCACUUCUUUGAGCAAACCAGAGACUGCAAAUGGGCAUGCAGGGAAAGUACCUGUUCCUGGGAAACCACCCAUACAAAUUCGUGAAUCAUCAAAUGGUGUGAUUACACUGGCAGGUUCUACUGAACUCAGUGUAAGUACAUUAAAGGAAAUGGCUACUUGCCUCGAACAAGGAUCAUUGAGCAGGGCAACUGGGAGUACAAAUAUGAACAACCAGUCAAGCCGUUCUCAUGCCAUCUUCACCAUCACAUUAGAGCAAAUGCGCAAGUUCAAUCCAGCUAUCUCUAGUGAUAGCAGUCUUGAUGAGACUCUGAAUGAAGAAUAUCUAUGUGCCAAAUUGCAUUUAGUAGAUCUUGCUGGAUCAGAGCGAGCUAAAAGAACUGGUUCUGAUGGUCUACGUUUUAAGGAAGGUGUUCACAUUAACAAGGGCCUUCUUGCACUUGGUAAUGUUAUCAGUGCACUUGGUGAUGAGAAAAAGCGCAAAGAAGGUGUUCAUGUUCCAUACAGGGACAGUAAGCUUACUCGGCUUUUGCAGGAUUCACUUGGUGGUAACAGCAGAACUGUUAUGAUAGCCUGCAUUAGUCCUGCUGAUAUUAAUGCUGAAGAAACCCUUAACACUUUAAAGUAUGCAAAUCGUGCUCGCAACAUCCAAAAUAAGCCUGUUAUCAAUAGAGAUCCUAUGUCCAAUGAGAUGCUAAAAAUGCGUCAACAACUAGAGUAUUUGCAGGCUGAGCUUUGUGCUCGUACAGGAGGAUCUUCUUCUGAUGAAGUACAGGUUCUCAAGGAAAGGAUUACUUGGCUUGAAGCUGCUAAUGAGGAUCUCUGUCGGGAACUUCACGAAUGCCGCAGCAGAUGCACAGUUGGAGAACAAUAUGAAACAGAUGUUCAAGAUGGUAAUACUUGCCCUCUAAAAAGUGAUGGUCUUAAAAGGGGCUUGCAUAGCAUGGAGUCAUCUGAUUAUCAAAUGGGUGAAACACUAACAGUUGGAACCAUUUCAUCUAGGCUAAGUUGCCAAUUAUCAGGUGAUUCAAGGGAAAUUGAUGAAGAAGUAGCAAAAGAAUGGGAGCACACACUUCUGCAAAAUACUAUGGACAAAGAAUUACAUGAAUUAAAUAAACGUUUAGAACAGAAAGAGUCAGAGAUGAAACUUUUUGGAGAGUUUGACACUGUGGCCCUCAAGCAGCACUUUGGAAAGAAAAUCAUGGAACUUGAGGAUGAAAAGAAAACAGUGCAGAAAGAGAGGGAUCGUUUGUUGGCUGAAGUUGAAAAUCUUGCUGCUAAUUCAGAUGGACAAACACAGAAAUUGCAAGAUAUCCAUGCCCAUAAAUUAAAAUCACUUGAGUCUCAGAUUCUGGAUCUCAAGAAGAAACAGGAGAGCCAGGUCCAGCUUUUAAAGCAAAAGCAAAAAAGCGAUGAAGCGGCAAAGCGAUUGCAAGAUGAAAUUCAGUCCAUAAAGGCACAAAAGGUUCAAUUACAACAAAGGAUAAAACAAGAGGCAGAACAAUUUCGGCAGUGGAAGGCUUCUCGAGAAAAGGAGCUGCUGCAGUUACGUAAGGAGGGAAGGAGAAAUGAGUAUGAAAGGCAUAAGCUUCAAGCUUUAAAUCAGCGCCAGAAAAUGGUUCUUCAAAGAAAGACGGAAGAGGCUGCCAUGGCCACCAAGAGGCUAAAAGAAUUACUAGAAGCCCGAAAGUCUUCUGUCCGUGACAGCUCAGUUAUUGUCAAUGGAAAUGGAACAAAUGGGCAGAGCAAUGAGAAAGCCUUGCAACGUUGGCUUGAUCACGAGCUAGAAGUCAUGGUGAAAGUGCAAGAAGUUCGUUAUGAGUAUGAGAAGCAAAGUCAAGUGCGAGCUGCACUGGCAGAAGAGUUAGCCAUGCUGAAGCAAGUGGAUGAGUUUGCCUCAAAAGGUCUUAGUCCUCCAAGAGGAAAGAAUGGAAUUGCUAGAGCAUCCUCCAUGUCACCAAAUGCAAGAAUGGCCAGAAUUUCUUCACUUGAGAACAUGUUGAGUAUAUCCUCCAAUUCACUUGUAGCUAUGGCCUCGCAACUUUCAGAGGCAGAAGAGCGGGAGCGUGCCUUUACUAACCGUGGACGUUGGACUCAAUUGCGCUCAAUGGGAGAUGCAAAGAAUUUGCUUCAAUAUAUGUUCAAUUCUCUUGCAGACUUUAGGUGCCAAUUAUGGGAGAAGGAUAUGGAAAUCAAGGAAAUAAAAGAACAACUUAAAGAACUAGUAGGACUAUUGCGGCAGAGUGAGACACGAAGAAAGGAAGUUGAGAAGGAACUAAAAUUGAGAGAGCAAGCUGUUGCAAUUGCAUUGACUACAUCAGCUUCGGCUGGGCUUGAACAGGUGAACUCACAGAAUUCCUUGAAACAAUUUGCUGAUGACAUGAGUGGUCCCUUGUCGCCAAUGUCUGUGCCAGCACAGAAACAGCUCAAAUAUACACCAGGCAUUGCUAAUGGCCCGGUCAGAGAAUCAGCAGCAUUUAUAGAUCAGACGAGAAAGAUGGUACCAAUUGGGCAGUUGUCAAUGAAAAAAUUGGCAGUUGUGGGACAAGCUGGGAGGCUCUGGAGGUGGAAGAGAAGUCAUCACCAAUGGCUAGUACAGUUUAAAUGGAAGUGGCAGAAGCCAUGGAGACUUUCGGAAUUGAUUAGACACAGCGAUGAAACAAUCAUAAGGUCAAGGCCUCGUCCCCAAGCUCUACAAGAUACAAUGUAAUGCUCUAAGGUCACCGGCUUUUGGUUGCCAGUAUUCAUCUUUGACCUAUAACUAUGAUCCAACACAUAGCACGGGGAUAGCAUACAAAUAAAGUGCAGUGUGCUGUAAGUGGUUGUCAAGGGAUAUCUGCUUAUAGCAAGUCUUGGAUGAGUUGAUUUUGAAAAAAGCUAGCUUUGUAGUAUUGAAUUCUUUUGCGAUGGGAGCAUCUUGUAAAGCUGUGUUGAUGCUACCAAUAAUACCCAGAUAGUUAAAAAAGUAAAAAGACACCAAAAGCUGAGAUGGUCCAAAUGUUUGACGCAUUGGUGAAAGGGCAUUUCGCUCGAGGUGUCGCCAGUGUUUUGGUAAAAAUUUCUCUACAUAACAACCAUACUUCAAGGAAGGAAAAAUUCUUUGAUCAAGUUAUAUAAAUGUAUAUUAAGGCUUUUUUUUUCUUUUCUUUUUUCUUUUUUAUUGUAAUUUACUGGCUAAUUUGUGUUAGUGCUUAACUGUUUAGUGUGUGUGUAUGUAAGCACAAUAUUGAUAUUGUUGGAAAGAAUUGAACUCCGUCGAAUUUCUACUACAUCACAGCAAAAGGAAUUCUUUAUACAGAUUUUUUUCCCAGUUCU